GUGUGCAACGGACGCCAGCGUAAACAAAUUGAACCAACGUACCUCUCUCAUGGCAUCGGGCGGCAAUGGGGGCGUCGAUCAAGAUGGACGUGGGCGUGGCGGGUCUCGGGGUCGUUGUACUCUGGUGCGUGCUUGCGGGCGUGGGCGCCAUCCGCACGAAACCCUCGUCGUUCGUGAGGAUGCUCAACGUCCGGCGGGCCGAGGUUGUGUUUGGCAUUGGCGUGCUUGCGUACCUCGCGCUUUUCGCCGCCACGGCGACGUGGGUCGGCGUUGGCGACGGGCACAAGGUCGUCUCGGCCGACAAGAGCAGCUAUCUCGGGCCGUUCGUCCUCGGCAAGCUUGCCAAGCUCUGCCUCGCGCUCAUGUACCUUCCUGUGCUCCGCUACCCCGGCCUCGACCGGUGGGUGGCGGGGCGCGUCCUGCCGUUUGAGCGGCGCCUCAAGUUCCAUCGCGUGUUCGGCGCUGUUUUUCUGACAGUCGCGAGCGCGCACGGGGCGUGGAUGGCGAUUCGCACGAAGUUCGGCCAUUUCUCGGUCGGCGGGGUCUCGCUUGCGGGCGCGGUAGCGCUCGGCUUGUUUGCGGUCAUGGGUGUCGGGGCAUUGCCCACCAUUCGUCGCCAUCACUUUGGAGUCUUCCGUGCCCUGCAUUGGCUCCAGGUCCCCGCCGUGAUCGCUGCGCUCGUGCACGUCCCAGGCAUCGCGCUCUACCUCGCCGUUCCUGGAUCGCUCUGGCUCGCUCUCCUAUUGGCCCGCACAGUGCGCGCGUGGCGUGGACGGCGGCGUGCCAAGCUCUCGGUGCUUCCCGGCGAAGCAACAGAAAUAUCCCUUAUGUGGCCCCACGAGUGGGCCGCACCGCGUCCGGGAAGCUAUGCGUUCCUUCGCGUCGGUUCGGUGGCGUGGGCGGCGUGGCAUCCAUUCUCGGUGGUCGAUUUCGAGCCGAGCACUCGGCACGUCCGGUUCAUCGUCAAGGUGGUCCACCACACGCAUGCCCAAUCGUGGACGGCGAAGCUGCACGCGCUCGCGGAGCGGGGCGCUAGUCCGAGCAUCUGGAUCGACGGGGCAUAUGGCGAGCUGAGCCUCUCGCAUGCCGCACUCGCGCAGUGCAGCCACGUGGUGCUUGUGGCUGGCGGAGUGGGCGUCACGCCCAUGGCUAGCAUUCUGCAGCACGUCGCGGACACUGAAGCAGACUCUGUGCAGCGCGUGACGUUUGUGUGGACGUCGCGCUCCAUGGCCGACGUGUGCACGCCGUGGAUCGGCUCCACACUCGAGCACGCAGGCCGGGUUCUCGGCCCCCGGCUCACGACCUCGUUUUUCCAUUCGGCGCCGCCGCCGUCACGGUCGAUCUCGUCGUCGUCGUCUGACUCGGCCUCCUCGUCCUCGUCCGCCAUCGCUACCUUCGAAUGGACGCCUGGUCGACCCGAUUUGGACCAACUGCUCGCCGAAGUGCAAGCCACUGGCUCGCCUGCACGGGCCGUCCUUGUCGCCGUGUGCGGGCCGCCGUCGCUUUGUGAUGCUGCCAUUGCAGCAGGAACUGAGCAUGGAUUUACUGUUCAUGUUGAGACCUUUCGAUUCUAGUCCUGCUAGUCAGAUCAAGGAGAAAGUCGUAGAUGAGCGGGGGGGCCUAUUUUGGUCUCGAGC